AUGGAGAAUGUAUAUGACUUCUACAAAGCAGAUAUGACUUCAGAGUGCCCACAAUUGGAUGGGAAGCUCUCCAUCCAGUGCUACUUAUGGGCCCUGGACCGAUGCUGCAUGUCAUACCAUCAAAAGAUCCAGAACCAGUGGGAGCAAACUGGCAUCGAUCGACAUUUCACUCCUGAUGAUUUACAGUUUAUGAUCUUUCACACACCCUUCUGCAAGAUGGUCCAGAAAUCCCUGGCUCACCUGAUGUUCAAUGACUUUCUGUUAGCCAGUGACAACACACAGACCGGCCUCUAUAAGAGGCUGGAAGCCUUCAGGGGGCGAAAGCUGGAAGACAUCUACACUAAUAAGGACGCAGAAAAGGCAUUUCAAAAGGCCUCUCUAGACAUGUUCAACAAGAAGAGCAAGGCCUCCCUCUACCUCUCCACACACAAUGGGAAUAUGUACACUUCAUCCCUGGAUGAUGGAUGCCUGGCCUCACUUCUGUUCCAUCUCUCUGCUCAGGACUUGGCUGGCUCCAAGAUUGGUGCCCUCUCUUAUGGCUCUGGCUUAGCGGAAAGUUUCUUUUCAUUUUGGGUGUCCCAGGAUGCUUCUCCAGGUGAGCUCCGCCCGUUGGAGAAGCUGGUAUCCAGUACAUCAGACCUGCCAAAAAGUCUCACCUCCUGGAAGCAUAUGUCUCCUGAGAAGUUUACAGAAAUAAUGGACCAAAGAGAACAAUUCUACCACAAGGUGAAUUUCUCACCACUUGGUGACAAAAACAGCCUUUUUCCAGGCACUUGAUACCUGGAGCGAGUGGAUGAGCUGUAUCACCGGAAGGAUGCCCGGCGUCCAGUCUAA